UCGCGCGCGCCCGCCGUCGCACCCAUCCUCGACUUCCUGUCGGCGCAGACCUCGCUGCCCAUCGUGGCCGUGCACGGCGGCGCCGCGCUCGUGCUCACGCCCAAGGAGAAGGGCUCCACCUUCCUGCAGCUGGGCUCGUCCACGGAGCAGCAGCUCCAGGUCAUCUUUGAGGUGCUGGAGGAGUACGACUGGACAUCCUUUGUAGCGGUGACCACGCGUGCCCCGGGCCACCGGGCCUUCCUGUCCUACAUCGAGGUGCUGACUGAUGGCAGCAUGGUGGGCUGGGAGCACCGCGGGGCACUGACGCUGGACCCCGGGGCGGGCGAGGCCGUGCUGAGUGCCCAGCUCCGCAGCGUCAGCGCACAGAUCCGCCUGCUCUUCUGCGCCCGCGAGGAAGCCGAGCCAGUGUUCCGGGCGGCGGAGGAGGCUGGCCUCACCGGGCCUGGCUACGUCUGGUUCAUGGUGGGGCCCCAGCUGGCUGGAGGCGGAGGCUCAGGCGCCCCUGGAGAGCCCCUCCUUCUGCCAGGAGGCGCCCCACUGCCUGCCGGGUUGUUUGCAGUGCGCUCGGCCGGCUGGCGGGACGACCUGGCCCGGCGUGUGGCAGCUGGCGUGGCGGUGGUGGCCAGAGGCGCCCAGGCUCUGCUGCGUGACUAUGGCUUCCUGCCCGAGCUCGGCCAUGACUGUCGUGCCCAGAACCGCACCCACCGAGGGGAGAGUCUACAUAGGUAUUUCAUGAAUAUUACCUGGGACAACCGGGAUUACUCCUUCAAUGAGGACGGCUUCUUGGUGAACCCCUCUCUGGUAGUCAUCUCCCUCACCAGAGACAGGACUUGGGAGGUGGUGGGCAGUUGGGAACAGCAGACUCUCCGCCUAAAGUACCCGCUGUGGUCCCGCUACGGCCGCUUCCUGCAGCCUGUUGACGACACCCAGCACCUCACCGUGGCCACGCUGGAGGAGAGGCCCUUUGUCAUUGUGGAGCCCGCCGACCCCAUUAGUGGCACUUGCAUCCGGGACUCCGUGCCCUGCCGGAGCCAGCUCAACCGCACCCACAGCCCUCCCCCGGACGCCCCCCGCCCGGAGAAGCGGUGCUGCAAGGGCUUCUGCAUCGACAUCCUGAAGCGGCUGGCGCAGACCAUCGGCUUCAGCUACGACCUCUACUUGGUCACCAACGGCAAGCACGGAAAAAAGAUCGACGGCGUCUGGAACGGCAUGAUCGGCGAGGUGUUCUACCAGCGCGCAGACAUGGCCAUCGGCUCCCUCACCAUCAACGAGGAGCGCUCCGAGAUCGUGGACUUCUCCGUGCCCUUCGUGGAGACGGGCAUCAGCGUCAUGGUGGCACGCAGCAACGGCACCGUGUCCCCCUCGGCCUUCCUCGAGCCCUACAGCCCUGCCGUGUGGGUGAUGAUGUUCGUCAUGUGCCUCACUGUGGUCGCCGUCACUGUUUUCAUCUUCGAGUACCUCAGCCCCGUCGGCUACAACCGCAGCCUGGCCACGGGCAAGCGCCCUGGAGGCUCAACCUUCACCAUUGGGAAAUCCAUCUGGCUGCUCUGGGCCCUGGUGUUCAAUAACUCAGUGCCCGUGGAGAACCCCCGGGGGACCACCAGCAAAAUCAUGGUGCUGGUGUGGGCCUUCUUCGCCGUCAUCUUCCUCGCCAGCUACACAGCCAACCUGGCCGCCUUCAUGAUCCAGGAGGAGUACGUGGACACCGUGUCCGGACUCAGUGACCGAAAGUUCCAGCGGCCCCAGGAGCAGUACCCGCCCCUGAAGUUUGGGACGGUGCCCAACGGGUCCACGGAGAAGAACAUUCGCAGCAACUACCCGGACAUGCAUAGCUACAUGGUGCGCUACAACCAGCCCCGCGUAGAGGAAGCGCUCACUCAGCUCAAGGCAGGGAAGCUGGACGCCUUCAUCUAUGAUGCAGCUGUGCUCAACUACAUGGCCCGAAAGGAUGAAGGCUGCAAGCUGGUCACCAUCGGCUCGGGCAAGGUCUUUGCCACGACGGGCUACGGCAUCGCCCUGCACAAGGGCUCUCGCUGGAAGCGGCCGAUCGACCUGGCACUGUUGCAGUUCCUGGGGGAUGAUGAGAUCGAGAUGCUGGAGCGGCUGUGGCUGUCCGGGAUCUGUCACAAUGACAAAAUCGAGGUGAUGAGCAGUAAGCUGGACAUCGACAACAUGGCGGGGGUCUUCUACAUGCUCCUGGUGGCCAUGGGCCUCUCCCUCCUGGUCUUCGCCUGGGAGCACCUUGUGUACUGGCGUCUUCGGCACUGCCUGGGGCCCACCCACCGCAUGGACUUCCUGCUGGCCUUCUCCAGGGGCAUGUACAGCUGCUGCAGCGCCGAGGCCGCCCCGCCGCCGGCCAAGCCUCCGCUCACCGGGCCCUCCCGCCACGCGCGCCGCUGCCCUCACGCCGCGCACUGGGGGCCGCCGCUGCCCGCCGCGCCCCACCGGAGACACCGGGGCGGGGACCUGGGUACCCGCAGGGGCUCGGCGCACUUCUCCAGCCUCGAGUCCGAGAAACCCCUGACCCCAGACUGUGACUUCCGACCCCUCAAAAUGGUCAUCCGACCCCAGACUGUGACCCCUGACCCCAAACUGUGA